GCUCUGUCAAUCUAUUAGUCCUUGUAUCGAUAAGGCGCGAGUCGCCACUUUGCAAGAUGUAUUACUGAAUGCUUCCACUGGAAGUGACAUGGUGCUUCUGAGAGAAGGUCUGUGUCCAGGGUUGAGUGAAGACCUCAUCAAAGCUCUACAUGGAGGAGAUGUUAGAACAGUCGAGGACCUUGUCUUGUCUGACCCUGAACAUCUGGCCCAGAAAUGCUCAGUGUCCUAUAAGGCCUUAGUGGCAGUUCGGCGUGUGCUUCUGGCUCAGCACGCCGCGUUUCCGGUUUCAGGAGCCGACCUGUACGACGAGCUGCUGAGCUCCACUUCCAUCCUCUCCACAGGAAUCGCUAGUGUGGAUAAACUUCUUGACUCGGGUCUGUACACAGGCGAGAUCACUGAACUGUGUGGAGGACCAGGAACAGGUAAAACCCAGAUGUGCUUCAGCGUAGCUGUUAACGUUGCACAUGAGCUGAAGCAGAAGGUAAUGUACAUCGACACAAACGGAGGAAUAUGUGCUAACCGGCUGCUUCAGAUACUCCAGCAGAAAACCGUCAACACAGCAGAGCAGAUGAAUGCUCUUCAGAGGAUCAGUGUGCUCCGAGUGUUUGAUGUCUUCGCCUUACUGUCCUCCCUUCAAAAUCUAAGAGCCAGCGGUCUCCAGAAGGGAGCUGUUGGUGGUUCAGUCAAAGCCGUGAUUGUGGAUUCCGUGUCAGCCGUGCUCUCCCAUAUGCUUGGAGGAAAACAGAAUGAAGGUAUGUCCUUGAUGAUGCAAGUAGCUACAGAGCUGAAGAUCAUCGCCAAAGAUUUUAACGUAGCCGUUCUGGUGACCAAUCAUGUAACGCGAGAUGGGAACAAUCAGCUGAAGGCAGGACUGGGGCAGUCAUGGAGUCACGUUCCACGCACACGAAUCGUCCUGCAGCGAGUGGAGAAGCCCGGAGCUUCCUCCAGCUUACGCACAGCCACUCUUCUUAAAUCCUCUCGACAGCCUUGCUACAUGAUUGAGGAGUUUGAUUUGAGUCCACAGUCUCAGGGAGAGUCACGGACUGGGUUUGCAGGGAAGAGGAAACUGGACACUGAUUCAUAAGAAGCUGCACUGGUACCAAACAUUUAGAAAGGUUAUGGAAAAUGAUGUGGAAUAUAUUUGCAUGCUUUCAGUAGGAAAGGUCUAGUUUUAUACACAGAGUACUACAGAAUUUGUAUUGCUGUAUAUUCUUUAAUUACUGUAAAUAUAAAUGUGUAUUGUGUUUUUUUUUUUUUUUUUACCUUUUAACCAUAUCUGGACUGUAUAAGCAUCAACUUGCGUUCUGAAAGUUACAUUUUUGUACGUAGUCAUCAGUUAAGGAAUAAAACAGGAAGGAAAAUAAUCAACAACCACCCUGAAGUUGAUUAUAGCACGGCCCAAAAAUGUUUUAUUCCUCUUAUACCACAGCAAUUUGCCAACGAUUACAUUACUUUUAUUAAAGAAUGAUGAAACAAGCGAUUUCCUGUUAACAACUUUAUCCUGUGUAAGUUGUUACUAUAGUAACUAUAAUGUAUUAAUAGGAGCACAUUAAUAUAAACCUUAAUAGAAAAUGAAUCAGUGCUGUGGUAUAACAUCAUUCAUUAAAUACACUACGAAAUACACCAGUAAACGUACAAGUCUUUAAAUUUCCAUGUAGCUAGCUACUUUUUAAAGAAAAAAAAAAUGUAAACACAGCGAUAAAUGAGCAGAGUGUUUAUUUUUCUGGUGAGAAAUGUUCAAUGUUUCAAUUAUGUCAUUGUUUUUUUUUUAAAAAACAAAACAAAACAAAAAAAAAAAACAUGAAAUAUUUCAACAGAUGGUUUCGUUGUAAAUAAGCAUUAAAAAUGUUAACUCUAAUCUGCACCUGAAACGUGAUAUGACCAUUUGUUUUGCGUUCAUAUUUAGGACAGUCCCAGACUUUUAUUGCUUUAUGUUGGUGUCUUUAUAAUUUGACCUAUUGUGUAAUACUGCACAUUUUUCCAAAAA